AUGGAUGAGGAGGCUGCCUUUGACAAGCUUUCGUCUGAGGAGAACGCUGCUGUGUGGAAUGAGACGGAACAGAAGUUCUGGGACCGCUUCGAAGACGACCAAGAGACAUGGCGCGCCAACCACAACCAGAAGACCAUGCACGCCAGCAACGACAUACGCGCUCAGCUGAGCAGCCUGACAGCCCGCCGCAGCAUCCUUGUCGACACACAAGCCCGUCUCGCCCGGGAGCUGGCCAUGGUCGAGGAUGACCUGCGUGCCGUCUCCGUGCAAUGCGACGCCAGGGCCGCCGACCUCGACGCCGUCGACCAAGACCACCGAGCACAGCUGGCCGCCCAGGUCGCCAACUGGGAGCGCCAGUCCAGGACCAUGGCCAGCUUCUUCCGCAGGAAACGCGGCGAGCAACCGGUUUCCUACCUCGACGCCGCCACAAACCGCCACCGUCACCACAGCCCAGAUGCCCCUUCUCGGCCUCGUCUUCCCCUCCCGCCACCGCCUACCUCCUCUUCGCGGCUUCACGACCGUACCACCCGCGCCACCGCCGCUACAGCCGCCGCCGCCGCCGCCGCCGCCGCCGCCGCCGCCAGCGGCCUUCUCCCGACCCCGUCAACUCCGACCCACGCCCACGGGACGACGCUGGUCGACGUCGUCGACGCCGACAUGAACGUCAUCGGUCCUCUCCAGCGUGUCGAGCCCUGGAAUCAGUGGAUCAGCGCCGUCCUCAGGCUUCCCAUCGAGCGCCCCGUCAAGAUCCGUCGCGGCCGUCGCUUCAACGAGGAUCAUCUGGCCACCGUCUACGACCGUACCGAGGCCAAGGGUGUCAAAUGGCUGGCCUGCAUGAUCCAGGCCACCGGGAGGGUCCAGUCGCAGCGGUGCCAGUCGUGCGACAAGAACCAGGGCGCCUUCGAAAAGUGCGUCAUUGUCGGCGGCGACCUUCUGCAAAAGUGCGGCAACUGCGAGUGGAAUCGCCAGGGCUGUCACGGCGCCUCGUACGAGACCAUCGACAUCCCUGCUGCCGAGCGAAAGGCGCUGGAGCAGCGCACCCGCCAAGAGCACCGGGAUCGCCAAGUCGACGAGAAGACCACCGACGAGAGGGACCGGGGGCACCACGAGGCGCUGGAGAGGGAACGGAGGGAUCAGGACGUCUUGACGAGGCAGGCUCUGGCCGCCAGGCCUCUCCUCGAUCCCGCGCCCCCGGCCGCUCAGUGGGCUGCUGUGAGACCUGGCCCUGCGCCCAUCAGCCAGAUCACCGCUGCGGCCGACCACGCAGCCAAGGGGCCGCCGCAGGGCCUCGCCGCCCUCGCCGACAGGGCCACCUUGGUGGGCAACCCCAUGACACCCCCCACGUCCGCUGCGACGCCCCCUCCGUCCAUGAGCCACAGACGUCUACCGCCACUGCCGAUACCGCCCAUCAGGGACCCGCGGGACCUGGCACCCUCGACCGGCUUCACCCCGGCCAACACGCGCAGCAGGCCGGAAUCGCGCGAGUCGCCGCUGCCUCUCACCGCACCCGCCUCGACCGACGGCUCCCCCCAGUUCCGACCUGCCGAGCACGAGGAUGCCCAGCUCCCGGACAUCAACAAGGACAACCUCGUCCUCCGACACGACGGCCAGAAUUACACCAGCCCCGAGUGCAUGGUCGGCGUCCCCCUGGCUAAGAUCCACCCGGGCCACCCGUACUGGGAGCCCGAGUGGAAGGAUGUGCGGGCAGAGGUGUUCGAGGCGCGCGAGCGGUGGCGCCAGAAGCAUCAGUGGACCGUCGAGGCCGAAGCUCGCAACGAGAGGAUCGGGUCGUCCAAGUACCAGAUCGGUCGCCAGGUCAACCGCGGCACCAAGAUCCUUGAGUUCCUCGACGAUGAGAAUCAGAUCAGCCCCUACCAGCUGCUGGCCAAGAAGUUCAUCUACUCGCCCAAGGGCGGCAUCACGUCGUACGACACCCUCUUCCGUCUGUGCGAGACUUUGUCGGAGCUGUCCAAGUUCAACAUUGACGUGUCGCCCGUCGACUGGAUGCGCCACCGCCUGCACGAGCUGAUGACGGCGAACAAGGGCUACGGCGACAAGUUCAACCUGACCAAGACGGUCCACGACUUCUAUCACGACCCCAAGCUCACGGCCCUGCGCCACAAGCACGGGUUCAAGAACAUCGGUCGACCCUCGGGCCAGAACAAGGGGUCGCCGGGCGGCCCCAGCAGCGCGACGCCAGUGCCCCUAGCCAGCAUCGACAGGGCGGGCGGCGGCGGCAGCGUCACCGGCGCCACGAAGCGCAAGAGCGGCGGCGCCACCUCGCCCGGCGGCACACCCAGGCAGUACACGUACGUUGAAUCGCCCCUGGGCAACCAGCUGGGCACCAUGUACAGCGACGGCCUGGGUCAGCAGGUGGCGGCGAUGCUGCCGCCGUACAAGAAGCGCCGGCAGGAGACCACGGGCGGGUCGCAGCUCCCGAGUUUUGGCCACCUCGUGGACAUGGUGGACUCCAAGCAGACGGUGGUAGAAGGGCGGGAGCUGACGGCACGCGUGGAUCGCGGCGAGGGUUUCCGUCUGUCGGGCCUCCAGUCGCGCGCGCACGACAGCAAUAUCGGCGAGAAGCAGUACUGGAUCUGGUCCGCCGAGAGCGGCAUGCUCCUGCACCGCAUCCUGCGCGACGGCGGCGCCGACGACGCCUGGCUCUCCCCCACGGGCCCGUACGAGUUCAACCUGAGGCUCGCCGACGUGGACGAGGUCCAGUACGACACGCGUUGGAACAGGGCAUACGUCUACAUACCGCCGCAGAGCGACACGGGUCGACUCGUCAACGGUCGUCGUCGCGGCGACCUGCUGGUCGAGUUUGCGACGGCCUCGGACUUUGAUGCGUUUAUGAACUUUGCCGGCAAGUUGAGCGUGCCGCUAAAGCGAUUGACGCCCGGACUGUUGGAUCGGUGGGAUGAGUUUCGCAGCGCCUCGGAGCCGGAGAAGACGCCUGAAUCCGGGGCCGUCUUUCGAUGA